GUUUUAUUAUUAAGGAUUCUGUUAUGAAGGAUUUUGUUACUGAAGAUUCUCAUAUUGAAUAUAAUAAUAAUGAAACUUCUGAAGAUUCUAUUGCAGAGGAUUCCAAUAUAGAAACUGACUCAAUAGAUUCUAAAGAUUUUUUUGUAGUGCUAGUUUUGAAGAUGUG